UGAACAGUGAGUCGUAACAAUAAAUAAGUACGGAACAUAUUCCAAGGAAUUAGUCACAAACUCCAAAUUCCUCAAUUUAAGUGUUCCAAACUUCUUCAAUCUUCCAUUCCCUUCUCUUUCUACCCUUCUCUCUCCCAAUGAUUUGAACAUCACAAUGGGCUUCCUCCGGCGACUUUUUGGCGGCAAAAAACACCACAAUCCACCACCGGGAUACACCGCAAAAAAAGACAAGAGAAUCUGGAGCUUAGCGAAAAACAGCACAAGAGACAAAGCUAGCUCACUCUCGUUGAAUAACCACAAAAGUACCGACCCUUCCGCCUCUUUUACCGAUAACUAUGAUGCCAAUAAACAUGCAAUUGCUGUAGCCGCCGCUACCGCCGCCGUAGCCGAAGCUGCACUCGCCGCCGCUCAUGCCGCCGCCGAGGUUGUCAGACUGACAAGCAACACCGAUUCCGGACAUUCCGUGGUUAGACCUCAAACUCCGAUGACCGGCCGGAGACGCUCCCCGGCGGAGAAUGAUGCCGCCGUGAAGUUACAGUCGGCGUUCCGUGGUUACUUGGCAAGGAGGGCAUUAAGAGCACUUAAAGCGUUGGUGAAAUUGCAAGCAUUGGUGAGAGGUCACAUUGUAAGAAAGCAAACGGCUGAUAUGCUAAGACGCAUGCAAACAUUGGUGCGACUUCAGUCACGUGCACGUGCAAGUCGCAUGCACGUGUCUGAUAGUAUGCACUCUUUCAAGUCUUCACUUUCUUAUAACCCUGUCCCCGAUGAUUAUGAGCAUCGACUUCGUGUCUAUAGGAUGAAAUUUGAUGGAUCUUCCAUCCUCAAGAGAUGUAGUUCCAAUGCAAACUUUAGGGACAUGAACUUAGAACGAGCCCGGUUUGGUUCAAACUGGUUAGACGGUUGGAUGGAAGAAAACACAUGGAGCCAAGCCGGAGACACUUCAUCGAAAACCAUACAUCCUCCUGAUGACGAAAAGAGUGAUAAAAUUCUUGAAGUAGAUACUUGGAAGCCACAUUUGAACUCACACCAUAGUACUAGCACAUCUUUUCAACAUCAUCAUUCAUCUUGUGAUUCCAAUAAUGAGAAUUUUCCGGUACAUGAGUCACCUUCGAAACGUUCGCUCAAGCCUCACAAUUCAAGUUUCUCUUCUAUGAAACAUCAAAAAGAUAAAGAAGUAGCUUCUUCACGAACGACCGAUAAUAGUCCGCACGCGCUUUCGGUUUCUUCUAGACUUGAAAAUGGUUUGAGGAGAGGUCCUUUCACACCAACUAAAAGUGAGUCUUCAUGGAGUUUUUUCAAUGGUUACUCUGGUUGUCCUAGUUAUAUGGCAAAUACUCAAUCUUCUAGAGCUAAGGUUAGAUCACAAAGUGCUCCAAGACAAAGGCUAGACUUUGAGAGAAACAGUGUUUCAACUACAAGAUCUAUUCAAGGUCUUUGAGGUGACAUUACAAGUUUUAUGAAUGAAAAAGUAAAAAAGUAUAAAUAUUUUUAGUUCUUAUAACCAUCUUGAAUUUGGAUUUUAGUCAUUUUACUAAUUUUUUAGUCUAAACAAAUUAUGUUUAUAAUUUGUCUUGACUAAAAAUAGUGUAUAGAGACUAAAAAUAAUUAUAAGAACUAUAAAUAUAUUUAAUCAUAAACAAAUAACUUGAUGUGACAUUUGUUUUUCUUGUGUUUUGUUUUUCAAUGUAUUAAAGAAGUUCUAAGGUGUAAUUAUUUAACGUGUAUUCAUUGACUCAUGAUUUUGUUUGACUUUAGAUUUUGUUAUGUUUAAAUAUUACAAUUUGUUGUGAGUGUUUUCUUUAAUAA